GAUUGUGGCAAGUAAACACCAGAUUAUGUGCUAUCAGAAGGACGCUCUUGGGGAAAUGGAGAAGGAUCCACAGCAGAGGCAAAGCAGACAUAGGCCUCCUGCAGCCCAGCCACUGAGAUCCUAAGGGUGGCAUAAGCUUAACCCAGCCCAUCCCUGAAGAGAUAUCAUUUCCUGUGUCCACAGUCCAGUGGGGCUCUCCCUUCUGCGUUGAACUGCUUUGCACUCCAGGGUAGCCAGGCAGGUGGGGAGCAGAGCAGCAUAUUAAGAAUCAGUAGCUGUGUGACAUCCUUGGUUUUUCUGUGCACCAUGUCCCUUACCUUCCUCCCUGCAGGGGCAUCUUCAGGCCUUUCCCAUAAGGGCCAUUCACAAACAGGUUCUCAGAGUGUUCCCAAGAGCUGCCCAGCCAUUCUGACAAGGAAGCACAGAACAAAAAGGGACGUAUAACUGUGUUUGGAGCCACAAAAAAUGCUGUGGCCCAUGAGACCAUCUGGCAAAUAUACAUUCAACAUUUUAAUAUGAAAAAGCUUUAUUAAAAACAACUCUUUAAGAUGUUUGGGCAAGUAUUUUUUGAUAGUUGCUCACGUCAUGUAACUUUUUGUUCCAGGAUUUUGUGAGUCAGGUCAAGAAUGAAUCUUUUCACAAACACCCCCUAGUUCUGGGUUCAUCAGAGUCUCUUUUCAACCUACAAAGAUGCAUUUACAGACUUUAUCUCAUGGGCACUGCUUGGCAACCUUUUGAGGAUGUGAGACCCGCAGAAGAGUAAAGCGUUGCUUCUCUGCACCUCCCUCCCUGUCUGCUAGAAUGUUCCUCAUGAACGCCCCUCCAGUGGUUGCUCUCCAGUCCAAAUGGGAGGCCUUUGGCCCGCCGGGGAGCUUUAGGUUUCCCGGGUGCUUUUCAGAGUCAAAAGAGGGUGUCAAGAGAGCGUCUGUGAGUGCCAAGGUGCAGAUGAUCCUCAGCUCGCUGCAGCGUGACGAGGCUGCUCUGGGCAUGAACCAUGAGCGGGCACCACCGAGAAGCCAGAGGGCCGAGAGGUGCCGAGACGCCCGGCUGGCUGCCAGCCCUGCUGUGUGCAAAGAGCAACCUGCAUUCGCUGCCUGUGGUCGUGCUGACAAUUUUGACCCCAUGGGGGAGGAGGAAGCUGCAGACCUUGGCCCCUUGGUCCUGGAUUCGGACAGUGACGAUUCUGUGGACCGGGACAUCGAGGAGGCCAUCCAAGAGUAUCUGAAGGCAAAGGGCGGAGCCACACAGCCUGUGUCCAGCAGGGCCCAGCCCGGUGGGGCCCAGCCCUCCGGAGCCAUAGGUGGGGCCAGUAGAUGCAAACCAGAGCCUCCUCACAACAGUGCCCCAGCUACUCCGUGUUCCCCCAAACUUAUCCCUGGCAGCCAUGUAGGAGCCAGCAAGGACCAAGGCUCCACCUCCCCGGUUAGUGUCAGCAGCGAUGACUCCUUUGAACAGAGCAUCAGGGCAGAAAUAGAGCAGUUUCUCAAUGAGAAAAGGCAACAUGAAACCCAAAAGUGUGAUGGGUCCAUGGAUAAAAAACUAGAGCCAAAUGAAAAUUCAGCCAAAUCACUGCUUAAAUCCUGCAAAGAGCUGACUGUUAAGGGGGCACCACGGCAGGAUCUGACGGCAGCCUGUAAGGAGUUCGUCUUCCGAAAACCUCCCAGAUUCACCAAGGUGAAUGCACAGCCUAGAAGCCUUAGGUCUAGGGUCACCUCUGGGCCAGAGACCGUGGGCAGCACAAAGCCGGCAGCCCUCAAGCCUGCCACCCCUUGCCGCCCGGCAGAAGCCAUGCAGAGUAAGGGCGGGAUUAAGAGGAGUGUUGGCACCACAAGGCGGGGAAAGCGGGUCAGGAGUGCGGCCCUUGUGCCUGAGGGGUCUGACUCCAGCAGCGACGACGGCAUCGAGGCGGCCAUCCAGCUGUACCAGCUGGAGAAGACAAGGAAGGAGGCCAUCGGGGGCCCGCCACAGAGAGCCCAGUGCCUGGAGGACAAGAGGCCCGACCCGCCCACCACAGACAGCACAAGCAGUGCCCCGAAAAGUGCCUUGCCUGAAACCCAUAGGAAAACAUCCAGCAAGAAGAAGUCCGUGGCUGCAAAGCCUGCCGAACCCAGCCCAGGGGACCUUGAUGCCAGCCACACGCCCAAGCUGCCAAAGGAAACCAAAACUCUUGCAGUAAGCACAGCUUCUAGAAGCGAGUUUGUGGAACGAUCCUCAUGCCGAGCAGACUCGUCCGCUGAGCUGAUGUGUGCAGAAGCUAUCCUGGACAUUUCCAAGACGAUCCUGCCAGCCCCUGCAGAGGGCAGUGACAGGUCACUCUCUGCAAGCCCACUCUUCUACUCCCCGAACGUGCCUUCCUGCUCUGGCGGUGAUAGCAGCUCUGUGGACAGUGACGACAGCAUAGAGCAGGAGAUCCGGACGUUUUUAGCCCUCAAGGCACAGUCAGGGAGUUCACUAGCCAGAGCCGAAAGUGACCCUCAGGCUGGACAGAGGCCGCUGUCACCAUCAGGUCCCAACAGCCAGACUGGUGGCCCCAGGGCCCCUCUCCCUAAAACACAAGAUCUGUCACUAAGCUGUAAAAGGAAAUACAGGGGCGGCAGCCACACAGCAAGACCAUCUACACCCAAGAAAACGAGGGAGGUGGUGAAAGAGGGUAGCCAGGACAUUGACCACACGCUGGGGACAGCUGAGUCUGGCUAUGAUGGACAAGACCUGCCCAGCCAGGGCAAAGCUGACGAGGCCCCUGGGAGGGAGGGUGAGGCCAGGGGGCCCAGUGGUGCACAUGUCCCUCCAGGCCACUGUAAGGCGGUCGAGGCGAGGGGUAUAGAUGAGAAAGAGAGCUCUGAAGACAAGAGCAGCUCACUGGACAGUGAUGAGGACCUUGACACGGCCAUUAAGGACUUGUUAAGAUCCAAGCGAAAGCUUAGGAAGAGGUGCAGGGACCCCAGGGCUGCGUGCAAGAAGAAGGUCAGGUUCAGCACUACCGAAACGCAGUUCUUGGAUAAGCUAGGUGGGUUCCGGAAAGACUGGAAAGACAGAAGCCCACAGGUGCUGAAAAGCUGCCUCUCCAAGUCCAAGAGAGACAGUGGAGAGAGCCCCAUGAAAAGAUCUCCAAGCAUCUUUGGCAGUGUGACAGAGCGAACCAAGCUUGAGGGUACUGGGGACCAAGAUGUGGCCCCAACCUUCCGAUUAAGGAGAAACGCCUCCGAAGGGAAUCUGUUCCCUGGUGAGCAUCAGAGUCCAGCUCCAAGCCCCAGCGUCCUGUCUGAUGACAGCAGUUCUGUGGACAGCAACGAUAGCAUCGAACUAGAGAUUAGGAAGUUUUUGGCGGAAAAGGCUAAGGAGUCCGUGAGUAGCUCAGAAGUUCAAACAGAGGGUACCCCCACUCUUGGUAUGGGGGUCCCCACAAGGCCGGAGGGGUCAUGCAGGAAAGAGCCAGCCCUGCAGCCUGGGGUGUGCACUCGGAGCCAGAGGGUUAAGGGGGCCUCUCAGCUGACCCAGGGACUCCGAGGAGCCGAGAGAGCUGGAACACAGAGGGGGACCAGCCUCUUCAGCCAGGGCGGGAAGAGCCUGGCUGCUCCUGCCAGAGGCACCAGUGGGAAUGUCUCUGCCAAGGGGUCUCCAAGUAGGAGGAACGUUUAUGUCCACAAAGACCAGGGCCCACGAGGGGCAGAGCCUACUGUCACCGACAGUGCUUUUGGUCAGCUGCCCAGCUGUGCCAAAGCAGGCACUGAGGCAGGAGGUGCUGGGGGGACCUUCCAUGUGAGUUACGGGAGCCGGAGCUUCCUGACUCCCAGCUCAGGAGCUGAGAGGGACACUAGACCCCAGGCCAACCUCACCCUCCCUUGGAGCGACUUUGCCCACCAGAGUCAGCUGCCCAGCCCGUGGGCACUGAACUCAGAAGGCAGAGACUCAGCGUGGAGAGGGGGCCUGGGGAGUGAGAGAGAGAAGCGGCCCGAGGGCCUGACCAGGGGCCCGCCCAGCCUGCCUUUCGCAGGCUUCUCCCCCCUGCUGUCUACUCAGCUCUUCCACUUCGGAAAGAGUGUGUCCUGGGGAGGCAAGCAGGCCAGUUUCUUCAGCCCCCACCCGGGGCUACCUUUGCAGGGCCCGUCCUUCUCCGCGUUCAGGGAGGCCCAGGCCGGGCCCAGCCCUGUGUUUGGAAGCCCACACCUGCUAGGGAAGAAGGAUGGUGGGGCCUGGCCACGGCGGAAGGCCCAGGCAGGGCUCGGUUUACAUGACAGGAGGAACUCAGGCCCAGAGGAAAACAUCCUCGACCUGCGGUAUCGACAGAGGGUCAUGGACAAGGACGACCAGGACCAGGAGGCCCUGGGUAGUGACGCCAGUGACUUCAGCGACACCUCCAUGGAGGAUGGCGGUGGCCGCUCAGUAGCGAAGGGCAAAGCUCUCAAGUUGUGAGUGUGCAUCCUGGUGUUCGUAGCAUUUGUGGAAAGCGGUCUGUGCGUGCGUGUACCUGUGCACGUGUGUAGGUGGUGUCGUGAGUACAGAGCGAGACGCUGUCCGUUACACGCGUCCCUGUACAUAUGUACACUGACAUGAAACCAUGGUUUUAUUUAACAGAUGUGUCCCAGUAAAUUUGAUUUUUGUAGCUUUUUGUAAAUUAUUUAAAGUGCUGUAAAAAGUAUUUUUGGAAAAUAUUUGUCAUUCACUUUUGUAGGGCGUCCCUAACUGCAGUUUUCUGUGGUCUGCUUGCAAGUCUUAGAUUAGUAAACGUUUGGUUCUUACCAUCACAGCCAGGUUCACAGAUACUGUGAGGCCACUGCUGUCCAGUAGACCGCUGGUGACAGUGUCCAGUGGUACCACCAUUCAAGCUGAGAGAGGCAGCAGUCGCCCUUGCCAAGAAUCACUGAAAUGCCCAAAGGUGUCUUUUGGGAAGCUCCCGGGACAACACUGUACAAAGGACCUCCCACCCCAGUCCCUUGAGGCCGGAGCACGUCUUCUGAAAACUGCAGUCACAGCCUUCAGCUGGAAAAUGUUUUGAAGCACAAAGGCCAACCAGCACCCAAGGGUCAACUAGCCUGGCCACUGUGGGUGGAGGCCAGGAGAGCCCUGCUGUGGCUCUGAAGCCCCAGUUGGUUAAUAUCUGUCCAGUCACUAGAUGAUUCAAAAUCUAAAUAAACCACUUUUUA